AUGACAAUCUCCUGUCAUCCACAGUUUCCACCCGACAUCACAAACAACACACCAAUGAAUUCGUCCAAGAAACCACCGCCUCGAAAAGGCCAGGUCGAAUCCGACGGAACCACCACCUACCGCACCCGCGAGGAGGAGAUCCGCGGGAGACUCCACAGCGGCUGGCUCAGAGUCUGUAUAGGGACCGCGAAAUGCGACUUUUGCCAGCGCCAAAGCCGGGGCGUCGUCGUCCGGUGCAAAGAAUGCAAGAUAAGCAUUUGUCGUGAGUGCAGCGCCGCUAAUUGUUUAGAUGGAUCGAAAAAUCACAAGCUUGAUCAUGAUUCUGUGGAUUGGGAACCCACGCCUUUGCCAGGGAAGCGUGGUGGUGCCAGGAAGAGGGUUACUAGACGGACCAAGAGGGAGAGGGAAGCUGAAGCGGGAAAGGAAAAGGAAAGAGAGAAUCGAAGCGGAAGGGGAACGAAGAGGAAAUACGAAAGGGAAACAGAGGAAAGUCUCUCGCCGGCGAGGGAUGUAUACCCUGCUGUUGGCCGGGACGAGACGCAGCAUGUUGCUACGCAGACACGCUUGGAGAGCCUUUCUCCGGCGGUAGAAGACGUUGCUUCCGGUCCUAUCAUGGAGGCAGAGACGGCGGCUGGUAUCUUGGCUCAGAUGCAUGAAGUUGGAUCUAGAACUGCAACCACCACUACAACUGCAGCUGGAGCUGGAUAUAGAUCGGGAGUUGAGCACGAUAACAGAAGUACUCGUGCGCGUAAAUAUCCAGUUGAGCCGACGCAGCCUACAUGGUCGCCCGCGACACCUUUUCCGAACUGUCCAUAUCCUUAUUCUUAUCCCUACGCACCGCCGAAUGAGGCUCAGACACGGGCAACCGGACACAAUGGCACUUGGUACAUAGACACCAGCGACCAGAGGAACUAUCAGUCAACAUAUCAGUCGACAGAGAAAACAGCUCAGAGAGCGCCCCUCUCAUCACUACAAGACAGCCGAAAUCCAAAUCACACAGAGUACAACCAGACCUUCUACAACGGAAAACACUACGUGGACGGCUAUCCCGAAAACUCACGAGAGAAUUACGCCGUGCAAUACCAUGAACCUGCGUCAAAGUGGACUGGAGGUGCUCUCCACCCAUACCAGGGAGCUCUGGAGGCUUACAAGUCCAAAGAAGCAAGUAGAAGCGACCCGACGGAAAACUCUACAAAGCAGCACAAAGGAAAGUCUGCGCAAGAGCCUACCGACCCGUCUGUAUCAGUACCCCUCGAUCUCCCAUCGAUGUUGGAACCUCAACGAUUCGCCCCUCGGCCCCCUUCGUGCAUUAACACUGAUAUACCGGAGGAACCUCCCCGGAAGAGGCAUAGGAGACAUGUUGGCAUUGCUGGUGGCAGUGCGAGGGAAGAUUCUGGCUUGAGGGAGACUCUGGCGGUGCAGCAGCCGGGAGAGUAG